CUUUUCUUAAAGGUUUGAAGGUCGUAUCGUAAUAAUUUAGCAGAAUAGUGGAGCUGAUAGUUAAAACACUAGUUCUCGUGGUGAAUAUUAUAUUGCAAGUGAUUGACAUCAGACAGCUGUACAAAAACAUAACAAAUUCAAACGGGUGUCAUAUAUGUGUCGUAAUAAGUUUACUAUUGUGCCAGCAUACACAUAUGCAACCACCAAUAAAACAUACUUUAAUUCAUUGCUAUAAGGUCUAUUAUUAAAAACUUGGCUGUUGCUAUCUGCAAGUACAUUAUAGGUACUACAAAGUUAAAUCUGAUAUUAGGCACCUAUUUAUUAAACAAUAGCGAUAAGAUUUAACAGGUGCUCAAGUAAUAAAUUAAAUACAACUAACCAUUAAUGAAAAUAAAGGAUACAAAUAUUCCUUCACAAAAAAAUACAAUGAACUUAUAUUUAAUUUGAUGUAAACACAAAUUGCGAUUCGAAAAGGUUACCACGAAGUUUGCUCAAAAUAGUAUUUCAAUGCCAUUUCUAUUAUAGCCUUAGCUGUCACUAUUACUAGUGCUUCAGUAGUUCGGUGCCACCAUGAUUACAUUUAGCCGGUCGCUUCUCACCGUAACAUUGCUUCUACUCCUGGUUGCUACUAUUGUAGGUCAAUGUAGAGGUGAUUCGUAUCUUCUUCGGGCUGCUGAGAAACUUGUUGUACCUAUUAAUGAGUUCUAUUGCUCCAAUUUGACGAGAGGCCAGACUUGGGUAGAUUGGAAGACAAGAGUGGUUGAAUUGCCUAAGCAACAUAUUGAUGAACCAGACUCAAAUAUUGUCAUUGACUAUUUCGUAAAAUGGCCCUGGUACCUAAAAGGCAUGCGUCUUAUGGUGUGCAAUUCUAUCGGGCACCGACCAAACAUCAGCUGGCCUGUGCAAGGCUACUCUCCUGUUACAUCCAGCUGCUCCACUGAGGACCAGCCAAGGUGUCCUGUGGGGUUGGAGAUCUACAUGGUGCAAUACCAGAGUUGGUGGCCUUGGCAUUAAAAGAAAAGGAAUUAAGUAUUUAAAUAUUACAAGUGUGUGUCGUGUAAUGUGACUGGAGAUUUUUUAAAUAUUAUGUUGACUAUAAAGGUAACAUUUCA